AUGGAUGACGACACAAGCAAAGAACUUUUGCAAAACAGCAAAUGGGCCAAACACUCGCUUCCUAACAAGGAAUCCUCCGCUACACCUGAACCGGUUGCUCCAGUGACCCAAGAAAUCGCCGCACCAAAGAAACGCAGAAGAAGACAGCUCAAACCGCUCAAAGCUGUUAUUACCCUUACGCCGAACGCUAUAGUCCAUCUCAAACAACUGAUGCAACAACCAGACCCAAAGCUGAUCAGAAUCAGCGUGCGCAACCGUGGGUGCUCUGGGUUGUCGUACCACCUGGAAUACGUGUCUCACCCCGAGAAAUUCGAUGAACAAGUUGAGCAAGACGGAGUCAAGGUGUUGAUCGACUCCAAGGCGUUGUUCAGUAUCAUUGGCUCAGAGAUGGAUUGGAUCGAUGACAAGUUGAGUUCCAAGUUUGUGUUCAAGAACCCAAACAGUAAGGGAAGUUGCGGAUGCGGUGAGUCUUUCAUGGUGUAG